CCCCCACUGCCUGGCUCCUCAGAGGCGGCAAGAUGAUGCUCAGCAGCUUUUUGCCAGCUCCAACUCAGGUCUCUCCAGAGCAGCUGGAAGAAGGAGCAAGAGCUCCAAGUUGCGGGGAGAGCGCUCCAGUGCCAUCACGCAGGGAACCUCCCCGCUACGGCUGCCGGAAAGGAUGGAUACCUGGGGUCCUGGAGGAUUUUGGAGAUGGGGGUGCUUUCCCAGAAAUCCACGUGGCCCAGGAUCCCUUGGCCAUGGGCCGGGAGAUGAAAACAUCCAAGGCUUUGGCCCUUCAGCUGGAUGCAGAAGGGAAAAUCAAGUUUGACUUUGAUGUGAUUGCUCGACGAGGGCAAUGGAAGGACAAGGUCAUUCACAGCAAACACGCUAACCUUGUGCCAAAGGAGGUCAGCAGCGUGGAUGAUGCUGAGCUGCAGAGACCAGACGAGGAGGCUAUUGUGGAGAUCACAGCGGAGACAAGAGCAGCCUUGGAGAAAUCAGUCUGCCAAAAGCUGGCGGCAGCCAUGCCGGUGCCAGCGGCCGGCAGAGCGGCUCCGGCACAGUACAUUCGCUACACUCCGUCUCAGCAAGGGGCUGCCUUCAGCUGCGGAGCAAAACAGAGGCUCAUUCGCAUGGUGGAAACGCAGAAGGACCCUCUGGAACCUCCCCGCUUCAAAAUGAACAAGAAGAUUCCACGGGGACCACCUUCUCCUGCUGUGCCUAUAAUGCACUCUCCUACUAGAAAGGGAACUGUGAAAGAGCAGCAAGAGUGGAAGAUUCCUCCGUGCCUGUCGAACUGGGAAAACACAAAGGGUUACACUGUGGCACUAGACAAGCGUCUGGCUGCCGGGGGCAGAGCACUGCAGGCUGUUCAUAUCAAUGAAAACUUUGCCCAGCUUGCCCAGGCUCUCUGCAUAGCUGACAGAAAAGCUCGGGAGGCAGUAGAGAUGCGUGCCCAGCUGGAGAGGAAGAUGGCCCAGAAAGAAAAGGAAAAGCACGAGGCAAAGCUGCGAGCAAUGGCUCAGAAAGCCAGGGAGAGCAGAGCAGGGCUCCAAAGCCAUGCUGGAAAAGAGGCUGCAGAAGCCAGAGCCAGAGAUGAAGCUCGACACGAGCGGCACCAAGAGAGGCAGCGUGACAGAAAUCUUUCCAGGGCAGCCCCCGGGAAAAGGUCAAAGCUGCGAGGAAAUGAGACCAGAGACAUCAGUGAAGUGAUUGCCCCAGGGGUACCCAAGCCCAGCACAUGCAAAGAAAUCCUGUACGACCAGAGGCUGUUCAACCAAAGCAAGGGGAUGGAGAGUGGCUUUGCAGGAGGAGAGGAUGCCAUUUCUAAUGUUUAUGACCAGCCCUGGAGAAGUGGCAAGGCUAUGGCCCAAAGCAUCGCCAGACCAACAGAAAACCUGGAGAAGGACAUGGAUGGGCAUUAUCUAGAGGCUCAAAUGAAGACCAAGAGGGUUGCUGUGACCGUUUGAGGCUUUGUUCCUCAGAGAGAGUUUUCUAACUCAGGUAUGAGAGGGAAGGGCAGAGAUGGCCCAGUUCAGUUUGAAGAGGAUCCCUUUGGUUUGGACAAGUUCCUGAAAGAAGCUAAGCAGCAUGGUGCUUCUAAACGCCCAUCAGAAUGCAGCUGUCCAAAAGAGCAUGAGAGCAAGAGGAGCAGGAAGGACUGAAUGCCUCUGCCCCUUGAGAGGCAGAGAAAUGGACUACAAGCUUGGGCUUGACACAAGAAGGCAUUUUUAAGAGCAGG